AUGAUGGAUGCAGACGCAGGGCCGUCACAAGUCAAUGGCCAUCCAGGCUCGGACACUUUGCAGCAGCCUUCCUCCGCUUCCACUCGUCGCGAUACGCAACCUCGUGCCUCCUCCUUACCCCCGUCUCUCAAGACUCCAGAAAUACAGGUUGGGUACGUAUACUCAACAAAGAUGAUGAUGCACAGCUGUGUGCAUGGCCACGAGGAACAACCAGAACGCAUCUCCCGUAUAUUCGAUAUCCUCAAGGACGCGUCUUGUCUCACCAAAAUGCGAAGGCUUCCGAUCCGACCUGUUCUGAAAGAGGAAGCUCUCCUUGUGCACAGCGAAGCACUUUGGGACAAAGUCCAAGCCAUUCAUUCGAUGACCGAGCAGGACAUCGUAGAUUCUGCGGCGUACUACGACGAGCUUUCUCUUUAUGUUCAUCCAGCCACUCCGUACACCGCACGUCUCAGUGCCGGCGGUGUUAUAGAAGCCGCACUGGCUGUUGCGCGGGGCGAAGUCAAGAAAACAUUCGCCAUCGUUCGGCCUCCAGGACACCAUGCCGAACCAGACGAACAUAUGGGUUUCUGUUUCUUUAACAACGUAUCGAUAGCCACGAAGGUUGUACAAGUCAGCACAUCGAUCAAGAAAAUUAUGAUCUUGGACUGGGAUAUCCAUCAUGGAAACGGCACCCAGCGCACAUUUUAUGAUGACCCAUCAGUUCUUUACGUCUCCCUCCAUCGGUACGAAGGAGGUUACUUCUAUCCCAAUGGUCCCUUUGGGAGCAUGAUAUCCUGUGGCCAAGGCCCAGGAAUCGGCUAUUCUGUGAAUAUUCCCUGGCCAGAGAAGGGAAUGGGUGAUGCAGAUUACAUUCUCGCAUUUCAAAAGGUUGUCAUGCCUAUUGCGGUGGAAUUCGCGCCUGAACUGGUUAUUAUCUCUGCAGGCUUUGAUGCUGCAGAAGGGGAUACUUUGGGAGAAUGCCAUGUUACACCUACGGGCUACGCUCACAUGACACACAUGCUGUCGUCACUCGCCAAUGGCAGAUUGGUUGUUGCAUUAGAGGGCGGAUAUUGCCUAGAUGCAAUCUCGAAGUCAGCGUUGGCAGUAACGAAGGUGAUUCUCGGUGAAGUUCCCCCUCAGCUGGAGCCUAUGGUGGCUUCAGAAGCCGCGACCGAAACCAUUUGGCAAGUCGCUGUAGAGCAGAGCAAAUAUUGGAAGAAUGUCGAUCCCAAAGCUUGCGAGCCGCUAGAAGAAAUGGAGCCGAUUACUUUCUCGAUACCCGAGCUGCUCAAAGCACACCGUCAGGAUUAUCUUUUCAAGGAACACGGCAUGGUAGAGGUUCCCUUAAUGUCUCAAGCCCUCAUAGAUCGAUUCAGUGCACAAGUUUCCUGCACAACCGAUAUCAUGGACAACGACACCCUUGUAGUGUUUGUCCACGAGUUCGGCAACCUGCGAGUGGAGCUCGACUCUGUCGUACAUUGCAACUUGCAACUGGAGCAUUCCUACCUAGUCGACUUCUCGAAGGAACUUAUCAAUUGGGUCACGGACGCUGAUUACGCUUUGCUUGAUGUGAACGUCUUCCCAAAACCCUUCCCAAAGACUAGGAGCAGACAUCAGGACAACUACGCAGGAGAAGUCAUGACCUAUCUGUGGGACAAUUAUAUUCAGCUCACAAGUGCUCGUCGUGUUGUCCUGAUCGGUCAUGGACCAGGGUGUGAAGCUCUGAUGGAGCUCAUGCGCCAGCGAUCCGUCCAGGUUAUGAAAUGCGUCUAUGCUGUCGUCCAAGUUGUGGGCAACCACCAUGUUCCUGUAACCCCGGGAGAUAUCAGCAGUCUACGCCAAUGGUAUUAUCAGAAUUCACUGGUAGUCAUUCCAAACAGUCACACCGAGUUUCGUGACAAGAAAUUCCUCCGAAAACACGGGAAUGUGCUCCGAACUGAUGAAACCAAGGCUAUCAAACUUAUUAUCAAGGCUUUACCUUUGAUACGGGAUUUCGUUGGGAAGAAACUGCCACCUUCUAAGUCGGUUAACGCUGUGAAUCAAGUUGUGGCCGCAUGA